GCUUCUUCAAUCGAUCUCCUUGAACAUCCAUUCAAACUCUUCAUCACCAUGAGUUUCUCUCAAAGGACUAGAGAAAUCUUCUCUAGUGCUCGUUUUCAAAGAACCCUCUUUUGCUAUUUCCCUGCCACUUAUUUCACCAUCGUCUUCAUGAUGUAUGGAACUUACAAAAUCAUUUUUGGACAUCAAAUUCCCGAGAUCUUUUUCAUUCGCUUUCUUGCCCAACAUCUAUGGCUCAUCCUUGCUUGGUCUUAUCUUAUUGCUCAAACCGUUUAUUCUACCUUCGACCCAUCUGCAAAGAAGAAGUCUUAUGUCAAAGUCGAAAAAGAUAUCGAAAAAGCCGAAAAAGGGAUCGAAUUUGUCGAAAAAGAUAUCCAACUUGGUCAACCUGAAUCAGCUCCUGCUCCAUACCUCCUCGUCACCAAGUUCCACGUCUGUGAAAUCUAUUUCACCAAACACCCUUCCACCAUAAUUUGUUGAAAUCGACCCUGGCAAAUGUCUGUCGAACACCGGUCUUUCUGGUCCCGGACUUCUCAUGACCUUCAGGCUGUCCUACACCAACACCACCUUACCAUGAACUCGCAUCCAAAGAUUCAUUCCGAUUGUGACACCAUGAAUAAGAUCCUUUUUUAUCGAACUCAAUUCGAUUUGUUUCACACAUUCUUGCUUUCCUUGAAUGUUAUUUUAUAUCAUCCUCAGUCUCUUCAAACGAUGUUUGAGUAAACCCAUGUAUAAUCUUAGUUUCAGAUAUUGUUUGGAGUGGCAAAGACCUCUGACAU